CUCAAUCAAAUCCCUGACAGUCAGAGACGCGUUUGUCCAAUGCGAGGACGGCAACCGCGUUUUAGGUACUCGAUCAACUACCUGCCGUCAUUCUCUCAAAGUUUGUCGUGUGAGACUCACACCGAUACAUCCGAGGAUACUGUUUGGAAUAGGUUCCUAUUCAGUGCUAGAAGAUUUGGGCCCUCUGAAUCACUAUUUGGGGCGCACUUCGUUGGAGCAGAACCCUCACACCCAACCCAACCCCCACAGCCAUGUCCAGUAGCAGGCGCCUCGUCCAAAGCGGGGCCUCCUCGGCUGCCCGUCGCCACGGUCGGGAGAGGCCAGACGCCGGGCUAGAGAUGCCGCCCUACGAGCGGCCGGCCUUUUCCAUGUCCGACCCGGCGCGGCAGACCCUGGCCGGGCUGGCGAACAACACGGCGGACCUGGCGGAGCUCGAGAGGACCCUCGCCAGCCUGUCCAAGCUGCUGCCCACCGCCAUCAGCAGCAUAAACGACCGCCUCGUCGAGCGCCGCGAGGACGCCGAGCGGCGGGCCAAAAAGAGGCGGCAACAGCCCGCCUCGUCGGCCGAGAUCCCCGAGGCCGACGCCAGGGUCGAGGAGGCCCUGGCCCGGCUCGAGGGCGUCGUGCCGGGCCUGUCGGCUGACAUCGAGGCUGCGGCGCGCGACGCCAUCAACUACCGGUACGCAACCGAGGACACCAGGCAGUCGCUGCGCGAGGUCCACGCCUCGGUCCAGGCCCAGCCCUCGCAGGCGGCGGCGGCGGCGGCGGCAGCUUCUGCCAACGGCGGGAACGACCAGCGGCUCCGCUUCCAGGACGUCGAGGACGUGGACGACUUCCUGUCCUCCACCCAGCGGGCCGCGGCGGACGAGGACGCGGACGAGAACGGGGAGGCGGAGGGCAGCUCCAGGGCAUCCCGCAAAAAGCGCAUCAAGGGCCCGCCCGGCCCGCUACGCCUGUACGCCGAGUCGCGCAAGGCCAAGGCUGCCGAGUUCGAGGCCUUGUCUGCGUACGACAAGUACGGCCAGAACAACGACUACGUCUCACUCAAGAAGCACUGGCACGACGCCCUGCACCCGGAUGGCACCCAAAACCUUCCGGAUGCCCACCGUUGGUUCGACAGCGACGGGAAUCCCGUCCUGCCGGCCGCCGGCGGCGACGGGAGAGCAGAGGGCAGGGACGACGACGACGACGACCUGAUUGUGGCCGGGGUCAGCGACAGCCUCAAGUGCCCCAUCACUCUUCGCGGCUUCGAAGAGCCAUUCUCAAAUAACAAGUGCAAGCAUACCUUUGAAAAGUCGGCGAUCGUCGACAUGCUUACUAGGGGGAAUGGCGCACCUAUAGCCUGCCCGGUGGGCGGGUGCCCCGCGGCCUUCACGUUGAAUGACUUUUUCAAUGACCUCGUUAUGAAGCGCAGGGUUGACAGGGCAAAUCAGCGGGCAGAGGAAGAGGAGAGCGGCUCGGAAGACGAGGGCGCAGAUGGACCCAGUAUGAUCGAGACGAGCGCCCGCAGUCGAGGCAACCGACGGAUCAAAAAAGAAAUCAAACACCAUUCCUCAGAUGAAUGAAGACAGGAUCCGAGCCAUAGCAUGUAAUUGGAUGAACGACUCCCCUAGACAUCAACAGAGAUGCCGCGGCUUCUUGAUAGGAUGUGACGAGAGAGCACAGGCCAGUGGUACCACGCAUCGGCAUCUCCGUUGCUGUGAACGAAUAUCAUACUCCUUGACGACAAGGAGGACUGCCAAAACGAAAAUCACCCAAUGCAGCCGUAACUCGUAUCUUUAAUUUCUCUCGGCGGUAUUACUGUGCACCUGCGACGUGGCUGGCUUUCAUAGUCGGUACUGAAAGAACGAGGGAGCCGAUUAAGUAGUACAUUAAGG